GUAGAGCUUGGUUUGAUUCCGUCGACUUCAUCGGAGCUGAAAACGGCGAUUUUUACAUCGAUAUCAAGGUCCGGAUGAAAUUCCUCCCAACCCCUCUCUUCCCUAGGCUUGUAACCAUCACCUUGCGCAACAGCAAGGGCCGCGGCAGCAGCAGAACUGUACCUUCGCGUUUGAUUUUUUUCGCGCCUGGGUCGACUAGAGGCAGGAGGGGUGGUGGGCUGGGUUCGCCUCACGACAUUGUUGCUGGAAGGCUCGCGCACAGGUCGAACUCGAGGAGUCGUAUAAUUCGAAGAAGGCAUUUCCCUUAUUAAUCUCGCAGGCGUUUCAUUCCCAUCAACGUCAACAUAUCUUCCUCCACCGCCUGGCCCCCCAGGAACAUACCUCCGCCUCUUUGGAGGUGGUUCACUGUUGACGGCUGGGUCUUCAGUCUGGCUAGUUCUGAGGACCUUCGGUUGCGGUCGAGGAGUUCGAGGGUUAAGUGUUCUCUUUGAGGAAGCCAGCGGCGCCAUAAUCGUAAAUCGCAGCUUAGGCAGUGGGGUCACGAGCCUUCAAUAGUGGUUGGGGUUCGUGGUAGUUUGGUUUGCAAAGGGGCGAAUGAAUGUAAACGUUGGAAUGCUCGUAGCGCGACAUAUGAACGCCAAGCCGUUACCAAAGCGGUGCAGCCACGCAUAGGAAAGAUAUCCGCGCCAGAUGCGACGGGUUUGGCAGCUUUGAUAGCUCUGUCUGUCUCUCUGUCGUUUUAGACGCGGUUUGGCCCGAAGACGAGAGGUUUCUUGAUCAUGAAAGCCCAACUAACUGUAUUAAGGAUAGCGCCAGUGGUUGCGAGGGCUAGCGCGACCACCUGACGCUGUGAGCAUCAGAUGCUCAUCUCCGACUUCUGCGCAUCCCAGCGCUGACAAGCCAUUCUCUCAACGAGCUCUAAGUGCCACAAUGAGCGGCGCAGGUGACGAUCGGUGGCGCGGUGGGCGUGGCUUAGACCAGAAUCGCCAGCAUGGGCAGCGACACCAAGGCGGAAACCUGCGCGACCGAUCGCUAGGAGGACAUCAGCAAGAUCGGCACCCACACCGGGGUUAUGGAAACAACGCGAAUGCGACCAAUUCCUGGGGCCCUCUGCAUGGGGGACCUCCCCAGGAACAGCAUAUUCCCGUGAAAUCCUUCAACGCUGCGGAGUCGAAAGGCGCGCUCAAGCAAGGAUAUCAGAAUGUCGGCUCGCGUGUUCCGCUCGUCUAUAAACCAACUGACAAGGAAGUGAAUAAUUCACGGGCAGCCAGUGGUCCGUGGGGUUCAAGACCAAAUUGUAUGGUCAAUGGAAAGGACUUUUUCCUGGAGCUCCGAAAGCAAGUGUCUGCUUUACGGCAAAGCGGCAAUAACCCUGUGGGCGGCUAAUGCUAGCCAUCAAGUCAAAAGAUUUUUGACCCCGUGGGCAGAUGUGUUUUGUGCAUUUUAUUAUGAGCGGUCGUAUUUCUUUUUUACACUUCACGGAUAGCGGUUAGUCAUGAUAUACCCAGUCAUAUUAGUUGAGCAAAAAUUCGUUGCUUUUCAUUUGCAUUAGAGAUGAUGCACCAAAGACUUUAAGGUGGACACACUGCGCCUAUUUUCUUCACUCCGAACAAGACCUGACUCCGGGGUAGUCGCACUUUACUCAGGAUGAAGAUGGCUUGUUAUGUUUGCUGAGCUAUUAAAAAGAUCUUUCCACGCAGACAAAUUAUUUUUACAGUCUAUUACAUUCCUCAUUUUUUCAUUUCGUUUCCAGGCGGUGGUACGGUACGGAUGCUUUAUCGCAUAUUGCAUUUUCCCCUUCAAACUCCUUGGUGUCGCGUUAUCAGGCACUGUAUUACAUAUGGAACCUGCUGAAACACUAACUGCCAGCCCAGCCUUCUUGAGCACAUAAACAUUAAAACUAUGCAUUCAUACUCACCCAAGCAGCUCUAGAAUUGCCACAAUUUCUAUUUUUGCCGAUAAACGAGUUCUGUAUUCAAAUCAUGCACUGCAUGUAGGUAACCGAUGAUGUAUAAUCUGUACCUGCUCACAAUUUCAGAGUUGCUUCAACGACUACAGUAAAAUGCCCAAGUCUUCCAUUGCCUAGCCAAAAUGAACCC